AAAGCAGCAGCAGUCAUGGAGCUCGCCAAUAACUUCACUCAAUCGCAAGUGGACGAAAAGACUGUUGGACAUACGGACAAUAGCCAUAACAAACAGGGUUAUAGUCAUCAAGAAGAUGUAGGAUCGGGUGGCUAUGCGGAUGAGUCGGGUGAGCAAGAGUUUGAGCCUCCUAUGACUUUCCGUCGCUUCAUGGGCUUUACAGCCAUGGCCUUCUUAUGGACCGGAAGUCAGAUACCUGUCUAUCUGUUUGGCGGAGUUCCACCCUACAUCUAUGGAGAUAUAGGCGGAUCGGAUCGAUGGGUUUGGUUUGUUCUAGCUAACCUCCUCGCUCUUGCCGGUGUCUGUCCAUUUGUUGGAUCCCUUUCAGAUCUGAUGGGCCGUCGCUAUGUUGCCCUAAUUGGAGUUUCCCUCAUUUGUAUCGGGAUGAUUGUGAGCAGUACAGCGCACACGAUGAAUACAUUCAUUGCUGGAAUGGCCAUCGCAGGUGCAGGUGCGGGCGUCAACGAGUUAACCGCACUGGCUGCAACAUCUGAAAUGGCACCUACCAGACAGCGAGGCACAUAUGUCGCCGUCUUGAUCUUCACUAUAGUGCCGUUCUGUCCAUCUGUAUUAUGGGCUCAGCUUAUAGCAGCCCAUAGCGGUUGGCGAUACGUUGGGGCAUUCUGUGGUGCCUGGAAUGGUUUCGGUUUGUUGAUCACGGCACUAUUUUAUUAUCCGCCACCAAGAAUUAAUUCGGAAGGAUUGUCUCCCAAAGAGGUUAUGACUCGGGUUGACUAUGUCGGUGGCUUCCUCAGCAUCGUAGGACUAAUCCUGUUCAUGGCUGGGAUGCAAUGGGGCGGUUAUCAGUACGCCUGGUCAUCAGCGCAUGUCCUCGCACCACUCAUCCUCGGAUUCGCUUUCCUAGUUAUUUUCGGAGUUUGGGAAGUCUACUGCGCAAAGUACCCUAUCUUCCCCAGCCGCUUAAAGCAAGAACCUCGUACCCUGGGUCUAACACUAGUUAUCACCUUCAUCUCCGGUGCAAACUUUUUCUCUGUGAUCAUGUUCUGGCCCACUCAGUCAUUCAAUGUAUACGGACAUGACCCAGUUGCUGUCGGUGUCAGAAGCUUGCCCAUCGGAUUCGGCAUCAUGGGCGGUGCCUGCAUCACACUGUGGCUACUGAGUCUCCUACGAGGCCACAAUAAAGAAUUAUUGAUCAUCAGCAGUAUCCUCAUGACGGCUGGUUGCGGCGCAAUCUCAAUUGCUCGUCCUGACAACCUGCACCAACUAUGGGGUCUCCUCACCCUCGCCGGUCUAGGUAUCGGCGGAAUCGUAGUCCCAGCCUCCAUCAUGACAACCAUCAUCUGUCCAGAUGACCUAAUCGCAACCAUCUCCGCCCUAACCCUCUCCAUCCGCGUAGUUGGCGGCAGUAUCGGCUACACGAUCUACUACAACGUCUUCAUAUCCAAGUUCGUCCCAAAUGCCAAACACUACAUCGGCGGCGUCAUGCUCACAAAGCUCAACAUCACGAAUACUACUUACAUCGCCGAAGCAAUCGAGCUCACCGGUGCCUCGUUGUUAGAUGGACUGCGGGAGAUUCCUGGAAUCGCAGGAAAUGAAACCGCGUAUCAGGCUGUUGUGGCGGCAGGUCAGAUGGCCUAUUCGGAGAGCUAUAAGUGGGUAUAUUAUGUUAGUAUUGCGUUUGGUGGUGUUUCGAUUUUGGCGGCGUGUUUCUUGGGAAACAUUGGGGAUUACAUGGAUGACCAUGUGGCUGUAGUCAUUUAG